UUCAGUAAAGACUUGUCACUACGGCCAUCAGGAGUAACGAAGAAUUCACUAACUUUGAUAGCCUACCAACAAUGUCGUCAGAUAAGCAUCCAACAUAUAGGCCUACAAACCAGGACAGUUGCCAUGAAGAAAUAUAGGGAGAUAGCCUCCAGCUUUGUGUUUGUUGCCUAUUAAAAUCUCAGGCUAACCCAAUUCAUGAUGGAGAGAUGUGUUUGACUGAUUGGAUACCCUUCUGACUGACAGCAUGAGCAUAGCUGUGACUUAUCCUGAGCCAGACCAGGCUCCUGAGGGCCCUGAGAAACCCACAGGCAGUUCCCAUAGCCUCUCUGAUCGUGAAAUCAGAGACUACUCAGAAACUGAUCCUUUGCUACGAAGUAGCCGUUCACACAGGCUGCACUUGGAUAAUGAUAAUGAUGACCACAGCUCACGUUCUGGGCAUAUGCCCAGUGAGUCUGUCCGUUCCAUGUUGCUUCAGAUCCUGGUGCCAUUCCUGCUUGCAGGGAUUGGCACUGUGUCAGCUGGCAUGUUGCUGGAUAUGGUUCAGUACUGGGAUGUAUUUGUGAACAUCACAGAGAUCUUCAUUCUGGUACCCUCUCUUCUCGGUCUAAAAGGAAACCUGGAGAUGACUUUGGCCUCAAGGCUGUCCACGGCUGUUAAUGUUGGAAAGAUUACAAAUCCAAGAGAAAUGCGUAACUUGGUCAUUGGGAAUCUGGCACUCAAGCAAGUGCAAGCCACUGUGCUGGGCUUCCUGGCUGCUAUAGCUGCCUGUGUCCUGGGCUGGGCUCUGACAGAGGAGCUGACCGUUAGCCAUGCAGCAGUAUUGUGCUGCUCCAGUGUGGUGACUGCCUUCACUGCCUCCCUCUUACAGGGCAUCCUUAUGGUGGGAGUCAUUAUUGGGUCCAAGAAGAUGGGCAUCAACCCUGAUAAUGUAGCCACGCCAAUUGCUGCAAGCUUUGGAGACCUGAUCACCCUAACGAUUUUAGCAUUUGUUGGCCAAGGGCUGUAUGACUGCACUGGUUCAUACCCCUAUGUUUCCUAUCUACUUUGUAUACUCUUGCUAUGCCUGAUCCCAGUUUGGGUUGUAGUAUCUUGUCGACACCCUGAGAGUCGAAAGCUGCUGUAUACUGGCUGGGAACCAAUCAUCACUGCCUUGUUUAUCAGCAGCAUGGGUGGGCUUAUCCUGGAUAGAACUGUGUCUGACCCAAACCUUGAGGGAAUGGUGGUAUACACCCCUGUCAUCAAUGGUAUUGGUGGUAAUCUUGUCGCAAUUCAGUCCAGUCGCAUUGCCACAUAUCUACACUUCCGCUCUGUCCUUGGAGUCCUGCCUACAGAUGCUAGAGGCAACCAUUGCCCUUGCCAUACCUUCUGUGGUAAAGGACCAAACCAACGGUCUGCUCAAGUUCUACUGCUGUUGGUGAUCCCAGGUCACCUGAUCUUCAUAUAUGUCAUUCAUCUCAUACAAAGUGGCCAUACAGCUCUCACACCCAUCUUCAUUACACUCUUCUUGACUGCUGCUCUUCUGCAGGUGUUCCUACUGCUGUGUAUAGCUGACUGGAUGGUGCACUGUCUGUGGCGAGUUGGAAGAGACCCAGAUACUUGUUCCAUUCCCUAUUUAACAGCUUUGGGAGACCUCUUAGGGACUGCUUUCUUAGCUUUAACUUUUCAUCUCCUGUUUAUUAUUGUGGAAAAGGGAAGUGACACAGGGACCUGAGACGACUGCUUGUGAAGAUGUACAGCUGCACACAGUGUCAUCUGUACUCCAUCUAUAGGCAUAGUGUACUUGUAGGCCUACCUAAUGACUUUAUAUUCAGGUAGCAUACUUUGGGUUUCAAAUAUGACUUUGGACAACAAAACACAAACAUCAGUGUUUUUGGAGAAAAAAAAAACAUUUUGUUUGUGUUAAUCAACCUUGUCCUUUUGAGUGUCCUCUGGAGGUAAUGUUUCAUUGUUGUGUGCUUGUACGUAGAGUGGUCUGCCACACACUGACAAAGUUGGUCUUAGCUCACCAUGAUUCACCUGUGCCUCCACAUCCCAUGGCUUGUCUCACAGGGUUUUUGUUGUUGUUGUUAUUAUUCCGUGCUUGUUUUGAAAGCAUAAUUGUCCGAUGUUACAAUCAAUGUCAUAUCUUGCAUAAGAACAUCUUCUAUCCAAAUGUAAUAUUCAUGCCAUUUGUAAAUAACUGCAUGGAUGAUUAUAAUCAGAGGUUAACCUGUUGAGGAGUACGGUCACAAAUACUGUAUGUGAUAAGAAUGUUUUGCGAACUGAGAGCUCCGCAUUAUGAUGCGACAAUUACCCUCAGAGAUGCUCCCCACAGACUGCACACACAGAACACUGAAACUAUAGAUUGUUUGCCUAGAAUUCUAGAGGGAACUAGGAAAAUAAUUCACUCCUCAAAAGCAUUGGGUGGGGCUUGGCUGGGGCUCAGCCAAGAACCAAGAACAGUAGGUAAUAUAGGAUUUUAUACCCUAGUACUAUAAGAAAUCUAUAGUUCUUUUCUCAUAAGAGUUAAUGGGACUAUCCUUCCGUGAAAGGAAAAUGAAUUGAUGAAAUUUGAUGUUUGGAGUUUCACCUGGUGAAAACAUGGUGUGUGAUUUAUCAGAGUAACUUCAUAUGAUCAAAUGAUACAUUGAUGGUAUUGAUGAUAUGAUAUUGAGCAUUAAAUGAAAGUUUAAUUUUAUUUUGAAUCAAAUAAUUGUAUUUAAAUCCACCAUUCUUUUAUUUAAUAACCCACCUGUAGUAAGUGAUUGGAGUAAUUUUCAAUCUGUAGACAUAAAAAACAGAUGUUACACUUGGUCAACAAGUCGUAAUGCAUUAUUAAUGUCA